AUGGAGAGGUUAGAAUACAUACAUCGUUUGAGAAAAGAACAAUAUUUAUGUUUUAGAAAUCAAAAUCAUCAUUUCUUGCCAUGUACGACCGAAAUUGUUUCUUCAUCAGUCAUAAAGAUUGUAUUUAUAAUUAUAAAAAAAUUUGGAUUAAACUCCAAUACUAAAUAUAUUGCUCUCAACUUGUACGAUAAAUGUAUAAAAAAUCAAUUUCAAGAAAUUUAUAAAGAGAAUAGAAAUGAUAAAAAUUUUAUUCAAUGGAAACAUUUGCGCAACAAAAUAGUAAAUCUUUCUAAAAUAAGAUUAAUAUCUUGCAUCCAACUUGCAAGUAAACUAGAUUCUCACAGCAAUUUUUUGAGGGUAUCACAGGCAUGUUUGAUCAAUAUAAACUAA